AUACACACUCAGCAGCUUCCGCCAUUGUCGCCCACCCUCCCUCUCUGCCACCAACCUUUCCACGUUACACCGAUCGCGCGCACUCCUGCAACCCACUGAGCCUGACGACGCAGCGGUCUUCAUGGAGCUUGUCUGGCUGCUGGCCCGAUCGCGAUUGCCGUAGGAAGACAGCACUGUCUUCCACAGCUAGCGAUAGCCGGUAUGCCCACGCAGGAGGGGGAGAGGCCAAAUUUACAAAGAGGCGUUUCCAGUAGGCCCCGUGAUCUGACCGACGUCUCGAGAGCCGUCUUGCGCAGCGAGCAGGCAAAGCGAUGGACAAAGCGCUACAGGACUGAGGUCGCUGCGAGCUCCAGUAGCCUCCUGUCUACCUUUGCUGCUUAUCCUCUCGACUCUGUCAAAACCCGCCUGCAAGCAUACAAGUUCAACUCUUUCGCCGACUGCGUCCGCCAUACCUACAAAACCGAGGGUUUCCACGGUUUCUACCGUGGUGUUUGGUCUCCUCUCGCAAGUAUAACGCUUGUUCGCACAGUGUCCUUCUCCAUAUACCAGCGCUCCAAAUAUGCGCUUGACAACUGGAUUUACCAGACUACUGGGAGUUCGCCACUUGUAAUCGCGAAUACCAAAGAUGCAUGGCCCACAUUCUCGACAGUCACAUGUUUUGGGCUGGCGGGGGUGAAUGCGGGUGCAGCCAUCACAGUCAUUGCAUGUCCGUUCGAGCUGACAAAACUAAGCGCACAAAUUUCAGUGCUUAUGGCCGAGCGUAACGAUGGUGGCGGCAAGAACGAAGCGAUACGGAAGAGUUACCAGAAUUUAGGAACCUGGAAGACGGCACAAAAUCUGAUCAGGCAUCGGGGUUGGAGUGGCCUGUAUUCUGGCUUUCAUUUGCAUCUGCUUCGGGAUUCGAUCGGCACCGGCAUCUACUUCAUUACGUAUGAGAGUGUGAAACAGGUUUUGGCAAAAGCACGCGGGACAUCACCCACACAUCCGUUGGCAGUUGUAAUAGCUGGUGGUCUUUGUGGGCUGGUGAGUUGGGCAUGUAUAUUUCCCAUCGAUACAGCCAAGAGCAUCUAUCAGCGCAACUGCCUCGUUGGAGGAAAAGACAAGGCCACUCGUCCGAAGAUUCAGUUCUUCAACCGUCGGAUGUAUCGAGGCCUGGGUGUAUCGAUGUCUCGCUCCUGCAUUGUCAACGCAAUUUUCUUUACUGUAUUCGAGCUCACAAAGAAGCGCAUUAACAGUAUGACUUACGACGACGAGCUUCUGCGUGCCAACGGCGUUUGAAUGGGAAUCCCUUACUGUGCCGACACAGGGCAUCCAGUAGGCGCAUAACAUAUUUAGCUGGAAAUUGAUACACAGGAUAUUGUGUUUUGGAUAUCUUAUCAUGGGCACAUCAACCAAUCAAGUCAAAUUCAGAUAAACGCUGCAAGAUAUCAAUCCACGUAAAAACAGGACAUCUGGUGAUUCUACCAUCGCCUACUC